UGUGUGUGUGUGUAUGUGUGUGUGUGUGCUAACUAGCUGUCAAACUCUUGCGCUGGCCUAGCCAGCUAGCAGCAGGCUAGCUGGCUAGCUUUGGCUGCACGCCUGGCUCAUCUCCCAAAGUAUCGUGUUGUUGAUGGCCUCCCUGCCAGCCAUGGACACUGUGACUGACACAUGCCCUGCGGUGCACCAAAAUGGGACUGCCCAUCGGGAAUCUCAAAACACAAGGCCAGCCGCUGCUGUUCUGAAGAUUAAUUUCUACCACAGCAGCCAAGGAUCGGCCGACAGCAGCUUCCUCGGCUACCCACCGGGGGACUAUGUGGCUGAGGAGCUGUGUAUAGAUGCAGCCAAGGCAUGCAGUAUAUCACCUCUCUACUGCAACCUUUUUGGUCUCUUCCGAGAGCGAGACAGCUUGUGGUUUUCACCCAACCACAUCUUCCAGCUUGACGAACUGGCCUCUGAAGACGUGUUUUUCAGAAUAAGGUACUACUUCCCUUGUUGGUACAGUAGCGGGGCUUCCAGAGCGUAUCGAUAUGGGGUUUCCAAGGGGUCAGAAAGCCCCGUGCUUGAUGACUGUGUAAUGUCAUACCUCUUCUCUCAGUGGAGGAAUGACUUUGUCAACGGCUUAGUGAAGAUCCCCAACUCCCAUGAAACUCAGGAAGAGUGCCUUGGCAUGGCUGUACUCGAUAUGACAAGAACAGCCAAGGAGAGACAGAUGUCUCCGCUGGACAUCUACCACACAACAAGCUACAAGUCCUUCUUGCCAAGAGAUAUGAGCGCUCAGAUCCAGGACUGCAACUUCUUGACACGCAAGCGAAUCCGAUUCCGCUUCAAGCGCUUCAUCCAGCAGUUCAGUCAGUGUCGGACCACAGCGCGCGACCUCAAGCUCAAGUACCUCAUCAGCAUGGAGUCCCUGGAGAAGUCCUUCUACACAGAGACCUUCCAGGUCAGGGAACCAACCAGUGGACAGCUCAUCAUCCUGGUGGCAGCCGACAGUGGCAUCCAGUGGUGUCGAGAGAAACUGAAAGAUUCUGAAGAGGAGCUGCAGACCUUGUGUGACUUCCCCGACGUCACUGACAUCAGCAUCAAACAGGCCAGCAAGGAGGGUGCUGUGGAGAGUCGGGUGGUCACCAUCAACAAACAAGACGGCAAGAAUCUGGAGCUGGAGUUCCUCAGUCUGUCUGAAGCCCUCUCCUUUGUGUCCCUCAUUGAUGGCUACUAUCGGCUUACCACAGACGCACAUCACUACCUUUGUAAAGAAGUGGCUCCUCCCAGACUGGUGGAGGCCAUCGCUUCCCAUUGCCAUGGCCCCAUCUCAAUGGAAAUUGCCAUCAAUCGGCUCCAUAGGUGCGGAAACAAACAAGGAUUGUACAUUUUGAGAUGUAGCCCUAAAGAGUACAACAAGUAUUUUCUGACUUUCCCUGUUGAGGUGUACGAUGCUUUAGAAUACAAGCACUGCCAGAUAACCAGGUCUGUCAACGGGGAGUUCAACCUCAGUGGAACCAAAAGAAACUUUAGCAGCUUGCAGGAGCUUCUCAGCUGCUACCAAAAGGAAACUGUGCGCUCUGACAGCUUCAUUUUCCAAUUCAGCAAGUGCUGUCCACCUAAAUCCAAAGAAAAGUCCUGCCUCCUUGUGUGUAGGAGUAACAAGGGCUCCGAAGUGCCUCUCUCUCCGUCUCUACAUCGACACAACAUCAGUCAGAUGGUGUUUCACAAGAUCAGGAAAGAAGAUCUGGAAUUUAUGGAGAGUCUGGGCCAAGGGACAUUUACCAAGAUCUUCAAAGGGGUCCGCAAGGAGCUGGGAGAUUAUGGACUCGUUCACCAAACAGAAGUUGUCAUGAAAGUCCUGGAACAAGCCCACAGGAACUACUCUGAGUCUUUCUUUGAAGCUGCCAGCAUGAUAAGCCAGUUGUCCCAUAAGCACCUGAUACUAAACUAUGGGGUGUGUGUUUGCGGAGAAGAAAAUAUCAUGGUGCAGGAGUUUGUGAAGUUUGGUUCGCUGGACACCUACCUGAAGAAGAACAAGAACUUGAUAAACAUCCUGUGGAAGCUGGAGGUGGCUAAGCAGCUGGCCUGGGCCAUGAACUUCCUGGAAGAAAAGCACCUUGUCCACGGGAAUGUAUGCGCUAAGAACAUUCUUCUGAUCAGAGAAGAAGACCGGAGGGCGGGGAACCCCCCCUUCAUCAAACUGAGUGACCCUGGCAUCGGCAUCACUGUCCUUCCCAAAGAAAUCCUGAUUGAGAGGAUCCCGUGGAUUUCCCCUGAGUGUGUCGAGGACCCUGCCAACCUGAGCAUGGCUGCAGACAAGUGGAGCUUUGGCACCACACUAUGGGAGAUCUGCAGCGGUGGAGAGAAACCUUUAGCAACACUGGACAACUCUAAGAAAACCUUGUUCUAUGAGGACCACCACCAGCUUCCUGCACCAAAAUGGACAGAACUGGCGAAUCUGAUCACCAGCUGCAUGGACUACGAGCCUUCGUUCAGGCCCACGUUUCGUGCCGUCAUCCGUGACCUCCACAGCCUCUUCACACCAGACUACGAGUUGAUCGUGGACAGUGACAUCCUGCCAAACAGGACCGUGGGCUUGGGCUGGUCCACCGGGGUCUUUGAGAGUCAGGAGCCGGCUCAGUUUGAAGAGAGACACCUCAUAUUCUUACAGCUGCUGGGCAAGGGAAACUUUGGCAGCGUGGAGAUGUGCCGAUAUGACCCGCUUCAGGACAACACGGGAGAGGUCGUGGCUGUGAAGAAACUCCAGCACAGCACCGCAGAGCACAUACGAGACUUUGAGCGAGAGAUUGAGAUCCUGAAAUCUCUGCAGCACGAGAACAUCGUCAAGUACAAAGGCGUUUGCUACAGUGCAGGACGACGAAAUCUCCGCCUCGUCAUGGAAUAUCUGCCCUUUGGAAGUCUGCGAGACUAUCUCAUGAAACACAAGGAGAGGAUCGACCACAAGACGCUUUUGCAUUACACUUCACAGAUAUGCAAGGGUAUGGAGUACCUGUCGAGUAAGCGGUAUAUCCACAGAGACCUGGCGACGCGUAAUAUCCUCGUGGAGAGUGAGCUGAGGGUAAAGAUCGGGGAUUUCGGCCUCACCAAAGUUCUGCCUCAGGACAAAGAGUACUACAUGGUCAAAGAGCCAGGAGAGAGUCCCAUAUUCUGGUAUGCUCCCGAGUCUCUGACUGAGAGCAAGUUCUCUGUGGCUUCGGACAUCUGGAGCUUUGGAGUGGUGCUUUAUGAGCUCUUCACCCACGGCGACAAGAACUCCAGCCCUCCAGCAGUUUUUAUGUCCAUGAUGGGGAAUGACAAGAAGGGACAGCUGAUCGUCUAUCACCUCAUUGAGCUCCUCAAGUCAGGCAGCAGGCUGCCUCAACCUCUGGGGUGUCCGCCAGAGAUACAUGAGAUCACGGAGGACUGCUGGGACAACGACCCCGUCGAGCGUCCUUCUUUCAAGCAGCUUGCUCUUCGCAUAGACCUGUUCAGGGACAGUAAGGAGUUUUAGACAGAAGAAUCACCCAAAGUGCCGUGCUCCUCUUCAACCGAAUCGCUCUUAAAAUUGCUGCCCUGUUUGUGACAAAGGGGCAAAGGCCAAAACGAGAUCCUUCUGCUGAGUGCCAGCUGAAUGCAGGGUUGUGACUGGAAGAGCGGUGGUUCGAAACUAAGACCAGCUCAGAAACUACUGCCAAGGUGCCUUUAAGCAAGGCAUUCAACGCCCAUUUCUAUAGUGGGGCCGGCACUGGGGAGACAGCAGAACAGAAAUGGAGGCUUGGAUGCAAAGAACUGUUGAGGGAGAUGUUUGUUUGGUCAAAGAUCCUGGAUAAAGUUUUACAGGAAGAGUUCAAGAGUUUGUGGAGACUGAGUAGAUAAUUGCCAGGCCUAAAGCUAGAGAUGCUUGUGUGAAACAAGCUCUCUCUGUUUGCGUGUUAGUGUCUGUCUCUAUGUGUGUGUGUGUGUGUGUGUGUGUGUGUGUGUGUGUGUGUGUGUGUGUGUGUGUGUGUGUGCGUGCGUCUGUGUAUCUGUAUGAUUGUUUGUGUGUGUGCGAGAGUGUGUGUUGUGUCUUUAUAAACGGCUAGCAGGGCUAGCUCUCGCCAUCAUCUUUUCCCCUCACCUGAAGAGAAAUUGUCUCAUAGAGCGGAGUGUUUUUUUAUGUAUGUGUGUAUAUACCCACAGUAUAAUGGUGUACAUAUGUCAAGAAAAAUUUUAUAAUUUUAUAAAAUGAAAAUAUAGUAAAGUACUAUAUUUGAACUAUGAGCAAGAUGUCAGUAUUAAUGAAGUAUAUACAAAGAUGAUUAAAAAAAAUCUGUUAUUGUUUAUGUUUUUAUUGUGAGAGGUGGUGUGAAAAUUAAAGAACAGUUUAAUUAA